AUGGAGGAAGACCUUGAAACUUUCCUGAAAGCGAGAGGAGUAUCGGCUGAGAGCAUAAAUGUCAUGAAACAGGACAAGAAGCUACCAGUUCAACCACCAGCAUCAAAAAGAUCCAGAAGAUUCAGCCCUCUGCCCGAUUCAUCUGAAGUGCCCACUGAAAAUAGAGCUCUUAGUGAUGAAGAGGAUACACUGGUGUUGAUGCACACUGAUGUUGCUGUUCCAAACACCUCAUCUCAUGGGCAGCCUCUACUGUCGAAUGAAGCUCUCCAUGAAAUAAUGGAAACAAAUGUACAGCCAAUCAACAGUGAAAUAUUUCCAUCAGACGAACCAGGCUCUGCAAAUCCAGAAGUACAUUAUAUAUGGGUUCAUAGGGUUACCAUUAUAAAAGAUCUGGUUAGGUACUUCUUGGAUCCAAACAUCACAAAGUACACUUUAAAGAUGGAAUUCCUGAAUGAAAAUGCGAGUGAUGACUCUGGAGUGUCCAGAGAUGUUUACUCUGAAUUCUGGGAGAAGUUCCUGGAGCAGUGUGAAGGCGAGGAGGAGAGGGUACCAAGACUGAAGCCCGAUACCACAAAGGAAGAAUGGAAGGCAGUCGGAAGGAUUUGGGCCAAAGGUUUUAUAGACCAUGGUAUGCUGCCUGUGAGGCUUUCAAAAUCUUUCAAAUUGUCAUCUAUUCAUGGUAUUGACACCGUUGAUGUAAAUGUACUGAUGUCGUCUUUCCUUAACUACGUCUCCUAUAAUGAAAGAAAAACUAUUGAAAGGGCUUUAGAGGGUAAACUUGAGGAAAGUGAUGAGGAGGACUUGCUUGAUCUUUUAUCAAGAAUGGGUUCUCAGUGCCUUCCUCAUAAAGAAAACUUGGUGUCUACCAUUCAAACAAUGGCUCAUAAAGCCAUUCUCCAACAGCCUAAAUACAUAAUAGACUGUUUUUCCGAGGCUUUAUCAUAUGUACAGCUGAACCUGUUAGACAAAACAAGUGUGCUAUCUGUAUACGAAAUGAAAAGGGCUACUGGCAAAAAAGUUGCACAGCUACUUCAAACCUCAAAUGAAAUUCUUUCUCAACAAGAGCAGCGCACAUUCAACCAUAUUCAGCGGUAUGUAAGGAGUGCUGACCAAAAGAAGGUGGAGCAAUUUCUCCGUUUCUGUAUUGGCUCUUCUUCCAUGUGUGUUGAUAAAAUAACAGUCGGCUUCAAUGCAGAGAAUGGUCUCAACAGGAGACCUGUUAGUCACACUUGUGCUGCUACCCUGGAACUGUCUUACAUGUACAGCUCUUAUCCAGAGUUCCGCACAGAGUUGGAUAAUAUUCAGUCUAGUAAUUACCUAACCAUGGAUAUAAUGUGAACAAUUACAAAGCACUCACAGUGCGUACCUCCGUCAGAAGGGCAGCACCUUCAUGAGGCUAUUUUGAAAUUACAUGUUUUGAUCCUGGCAACCUUUGCAUUCCAGUCACUUCUUCCUUGGGUCAUUGUUUACCUACAUGCAAAGUUUCAGCAAAAUCUGGUCAAAAUUACAUCUUAUAACCCUUGUGACUUUUGACCUACGCAUUCCAAAAUCUAACAUUUUCCUUGUGCCAUUUGCAGCCUAUCCUAAAAAAUUUCAAAUCUGUUCAUAACUUUUCAAAUUAUUUUGUCCACAAACAGAUAAACUAACAGAUGAUUACAUUACCUCCUUGGCAGAGGUAAAGGUGAAUAAUGGGUUUACAUUUUUAUGUUGCUUAUGUUAUAUUCACUGCAUUUUAUGAAAACUGCAAAAAUGGAUAGUAUGAAAACUUUGAGUUAUACCUUUUUUUUUUUUAAAUAUUUGAAAGUUUUUGAAAAACAAUGUUUAAUGUGUUUUCAAAUGAUUAACCAGGUUUGUUUUGACAGGUGACUAGCAUAUACUCGUAACCUAAAAAUAUACAAUAACUGCUUGAAAGUGUUUUCAUGCUACUUAUUUCAUGUGAAUUACAUUUUAUUUGUUGUAAAAUGUGAAUGUUCCUGGAAAAACAGGUUCAACUUGUCAAAUAAGUAUUAACUUAUUUGUUAGUUAUUGAUAGACAAACAGGAUAUGUUCAAGUCCAUUUGUUACCAAAGAAUGUUUACAGUGUUCAAUUUACAAGCAAUUUUGUAUCCAAGCUGUAAAUAUUGAUACAUUGUUUAAAUUCGGUCAUUACAAUUC